AUGACCACUUUACUCUUGGUGUUUGUGACUCUGAGGGUCAUCGCAGCAGCCAUCUCAGUAGAAGUUUCAGAACCUGACAACUCGCUGAGUGUCAGCAUCCCCGAACCGUCCCCGCUGCGGGUCCUCCUGGGGAGCUCCCUCACCAUCCCCUGCUACUUCAUCGACCCUAUGCACCCCGUGACCACCGCCCCCUCCACCGCCCCCCUCGCCCCGAGAAUCAAGUGGAGCCGCAUUUCCAAGGAGAAGGAGGUGGUACUGCUGGUGGCCACUGAAGGGCGGGUGCGGGUCAACAGCGCCUACCAAGACAAGGUCACGCUGCCCAACUACCCCGCCAUCCCCAGCGACGCCACCCUGGAAAUCCAGAACCUGCGCUCCAAUGACUCCGGGAUCUAUCGCUGCGAGGUGAUGCAUGGCAUCGAGGACAGCCAGGCCACCCUGGAGGUCGUGGUGAAAGGCAUCGUGUUCCAUUACAGAGCCAUCUCCACGCGCUACACCCUGGACUUUGACAGGGCGCAGCGGGCCUGCCUGCAGAACAGUGCCAUCAUUGCCACACCCGAGCAGCUGCAGGCCGCCUAUGAGGACGGCUUCCACCAGUGUGACGCCGGCUGGCUGGCCGAUCAGACUGUCAGGUACCCCAUCCACACUCCAAGGGAAGGUUGCUAUGGAGACAAGGAUGAGUUUCCUGGUGUGAGAACCUAUGGCAUCCGUGAUACCAAUGAAACCUAUGAUGUGUACUGCUUCGCAGAGGAGAUGGAGGGCGAGGUCUUCUAUGCAACAUCCCCGGAGAAGUUCACCUUUCAGGAGGCAGCCAAUGAGUGCCGGCGGCUGGGUGCCCGGCUGGCCACCACAGGCCAACUCUACCUGGCCUGGCAGGGCGGCAUGGACAUGUGCAGCGCCGGCUGGCUGGCUGACCGCAGCGUGCGAUACCCCAUCUCCAAGGCCCGGCCGAACUGCGGGGGCAACCUCCUGGGAGUGAGGACCGUCUACCUGCAUGCCAAUCAGACCGGCUACCCUGACCCUUCAUCCCGCUAUGACGCCAUCUGCUACACAGGUGAAGACUUUGUAGACAUCCCAGAAAACUUUUUCGGGGUGGGCGGAGAGGAGGACAUCACCAUCCAGACGGUGACCUGGCCUGACGUGGAGCUGCCCCUGCCCCGAAACAUCACCGAGGGUGAAGCCCGAGGAAACGUGAUCCUCACGGCGAAGCCCGAAUUUGAAGUCUCUCCCACCGCCCCGGAACCCGAAGAGCCUUUCACGUUUGUCCCUGAAGUAAGGGCCACUGCAUUCCCCGCAGUGGAGAACAGGACUGGAGAGGCCACCCGGCCCUGGGCCUUUCCCGGAGAGUCCACGCCUGGUCUGGAAGCCCCCACAGCCUUCACCAGCGAGGACCUCGUCGUGCAGGUGACCUUAGCCCCAGGUGCAGCCGAGGUCCCUGGGCAGCCACGACUGCCAGGGGGAGUCGUGUUCCACUACCGCCCGGGCUCCUCCCGCUACUCACUGACCUUUGAGGAGGCCAAGCAGGCCUGCCUGCGCACCGGGGCCGUCAUCGCCUCGCCCGAACAGCUCCAGGCCGCCUAUGAAGCAGGCUACGAGCAGUGUGACGCCGGCUGGCUGCAGGACCAGACAGUCAGAUACCCCAUUGUGAGCCCACGUACCCCCUGUGUGGGUGACAAGGACAGCAGCCCAGGGGUCAGGACCUACGGCGUGCGGCCACCAUCAGAAACCUACGAUGUCUACUGCUACGUGGACAGACUGGAGGGGGAGGUGUUCUUUGCCACACGCCUGGAGCAGUUCACCUUCCGGGAAGCCCAGGAGUUCUGUGAAUCCCAAAACGCCACGCUGGCCACCACGGGCCAGCUCUACGCUGCCUGGAGCCGUGGUCUGGACAAAUGCUACGCCGGCUGGCUGUCCGACGGCAGCCUCCGCUACCCCAUUGUCACCCCGAGGCCCGCCUGUGGCGGCGACAAACCAGGCGUGAGAACCGUCUACCUCUACCCCAACCAGACGGGCCUCCUGGAUCCGCUGUCCCGGCACCACGCCUUCUGCUUCCGAGGUGUUUCAGUGGCGCCCUCUCCAGGAGAAGAGGAGGGUAGCACACCCACAGCAGGCCCUGACGUGGAGGAUUGGAUCGUGACCCAAGUGGGGCCUGGCGUGGCUGCUGUCCCCGUCGAGGAGGAGACGACUGCAACCCCAGGCUUCACCGUUGAGCCAGAAAACAAGACGGAAUGGGAACUUGCCUACACCCCAGCGGGCACUUUCCCAUUACCAGGGAUCCCUCCUACAUGGCCUCCCACUGGCGCAGCAACAGAGGAGCACACAGAAGGCCCUUCUGCAACAGAAAAGCCAUUCCCCUCAGAGGAGCCAUUCCCCUCAGAGGAGCCAUCCACACUUUCAGCCCCAGUGCCCAGCAGGACUGAGCUGCCAAGCUCUGGGGAGGCAUCUGGGGUGCCCGAAAUCAGUGGUGACUUCACAGGCAGUGGAGAAAUUUCAGGACACCUAGACUUAAGUGGGCAGCCCUCAGGGGAAAGUGCAAGUGGACUGCCCUCUGAAGACCUUGACUCCAGUGGGCUCACCUCUACAGUGGGCUCAGGCCUGCCUGUGGAAAGUGGACUGCCUUCAGGGGAAGAAGAGAGAAUUACAUGGACCAGUGCUCCUAAAGUUGACAGGUUGCCCUCUGGGGGUGAAGGCCCAGAAGUUUCUGCUUCUGGAGUAGAGGACAUCAGUGGACUUCCUUCUGGAGGAGAAGGUCAUCCAGAGAUCUCUGCAUCUGGAGUAGAGGACAUCAGUGGACUUCCUUCUGGAGGAGAGGUUCAUCUAGAGAUCUCUGCCUCUGGAGUAGAGGACCUAAGUAGACUUCCUUCUGGAGAAGGUCCAGAAAUCUCUGCCUCUGGACUAGAGACUUCUGCUUCUGGAGUAGAGGACCUCAGUAGACUUCCUUCUGGAGAAGGUCCAGAAGUCUCUGCCUCUGGAGUAGAGGACCUCAGUGUUCUUCCUUCUGGAGAAGGUCAUCUCGAAAUCUCAGCCUCUGGAGUAGAGGACCUCAGUGUUCUUCCUUCUGGAGAAGGUCCAGAAGUCUCUGCCUCUGGAGUAGAAGACCUCGGUGUUCUUCCUUCUGGAGAAGGUCAUCUAGAGACCUCUACCUCUGGAGUAGAGGACCUCAGUAGACUUCCUUCUGGAGAAGGUCAUCUAGAGACCUCUACCUCUGGAGUAGAGGACCUCAGUAGACUUCCUUCUGGAGAAGGUCAUCUAGAGACCUCUACCUCUGGAGUAGAGGACAUCAGUAGACUUCCUUCUGGAGAAGGUCAUCUAGAGACCUCUACCUCUGGAGUAGAGGACCUCAGUAGACUUCCUUCUGGAGAAGGUCAUCUAGAGACCUCUACCUCUGGAGUAGAGGACCUCGGUAGACUUCCUUCUGGAGAAGGUCCAGAAGUCUCUGCCUCUGGAGUAGAGGACCUUGGUGUUCUUCCUUCUGGAGAAGGUCAUCUAGAGAUCUCUGCCUCUGGUGUAGAGGACCUCAGUAGACUUCCUUCUGGAGGAGAGGAUCAUCUAGAGACUUCUGCUUCUGGAGUAGGGGACCUUAGUGGACUUCCUUCUGGAAGGGAAGGUCUGGAGAUCUCUGCUUCUGGAGCUGGGGAUCUUAGUGGGUUGAUUUCUGGAAAAGAAGACUUGACUGAGUCAGCUUCUGGAGCCUUGGACCUUGACAGAAUACCUUCUGUAACUCUAAGAAGUGGGCAAGCUCCAGAAGCAAGUGGUCUUCCUUCUGGAUUUAGUGGUGAGUAUUCUGGGGUGGACCUUGGAAGUGGCCCAUCAUCUGGCCUUCCUGACUUCAGUGGACUUCCAUCUGGGUUCCCAACUGUCUCCCUAGUGGAUACUACAUUGGUGGAAGUCGUCACAGCCACCACAGCAGGUGAACUAGAAGGAAGGGGAACCAUUGACAUCAGUGGUGCUGGAGAAACAUCUGGGCUGCCCUUCAGUGAGUUGGACAUUAGUGGAGGAGCAAGCGGACUCUCUUCAGGAGCUGAACUCAGUGGCCAAGCAUCUGGGUCGCCUGACAUCAGUGGGGAAACCUCUGGACUCUUUGGUGUCAGUGGACAGCCCUCAGGGUUUCCUGACAUUAGUGGGGAAACUUCCGGGCUUCUUGAGGUCAGUGGGCAGCCAUCAGGGUUUUCUGGAGAAAUAUCUGGCAUGACUGAGCUUAGUGGACUGCCCUCUGGACAACCGGAAAUCAGUGGAGAAGCUUCUGGAAUUCUUUCUGGCCUUGGUCCACCAUUCGGCAUAACCGACCUGAGUGGAGAAGCACCUGGGAUCCCUGAUCUCAGUGGGCAACCAUCGGGUUUGCCAGAGUUCAGUGGGACAACAUCUGGGAUCCCUGACCUGGUUUCCAGUGCCAUGAGUGGCAGUGGUGAAUCUUCUGGCAUUACGUUCGUGGACACCAGUUUGGUUGAAGUGACCCCAACGACAUUUAAAGAAGAAGAAGGCUUAGGAUCUGUGGAACUCAGUGGCCUCCCUUCAGGAGAGGCAGAUCUCUCAGGCACAUCUGGGCUAGUGGAUGUCAGUGGACUGUCUUCUGGAGCAAUUGACUCCAGUGGGUUUACGUCCCAGCCUCCAGAAUUCAGUGGCCUGCCAAGCGGAGUAACUGAGGUCAGUGGAGAAGCCUCCAGAGCUGAGAGUGGGAGCAGCCUGCCCUCCGGAGCAUAUGACAGCAGUGGACUUCCGUCUGGUUUCCCCACUGUCUCUUUUGUAGACAGGACUUUGGUGGAAUCUGUAACCCAGGCUCCAACUGCCCAAGAAGCAGGAGAAGGGCCUUCAGGCAUUCUGGAACUUAGUGGUGCCCCUUCUGGAGCACCAGACAUGUCUGGAGACCAUUUGGGAUCUUUGGACCAAAGUGGGCUUCAGUCUGGGCUAGUGGAGCCCAGUGGGGAGCCUGCAAGUACUCCAUAUUUUAGUGGGGACUUUUCUGGCACCACUGAUGUAAGUGGGGAAUCCUCGGCAGCCACGAGCACCAGUGGGGAGGCCUCCGGACUUCCAGAAGUUACGUUAAUCACAUCUGAGUUGGUGGAGGGUGUUACUGAACCAACUGUUUCCCAGGAACUGGGCCAGAGACCCCCCGUAACAUACACCCCCCAGCUUUUUGAAUCCAAUGGUGAAGCCUCUGCAUCUGGGGAUGUGGCAAGGUUCCCUGGAUCUGGGAUAGAAGCGUCUUCAUUCCCAGAAUCCAGCGGUGAGAUGUCGGCCUAUCCCGAGGCUGAGGUGGGAGCGUCUGCUGCCCCCGAGGCAAGCGGAGGAGCUUCCGGGUCCCCUGACCUGAGUGAAACCACCUCCACCUUCCAUGAAGCUGAUCUGGAGGGAACCUCAGGCCUGGGAGCAAGUGGCAGCUCCUCAGCCUUUCCACAAGGCCCCACGGAGGGCUUGGCCACCCGGGAAGUGAGUGGAGAGUCAACCACCACCUUUGACAUGAGCAUAGAGGCAUCAGGCUCACCUUCCACCACUCCCCUGGCUUCUGGAGACAAGACUGACACCAGCGGAGACCUGUCUGGCCACACCUCAGGGCUGGAUAUUGUCAUCAGCACCACCAUCCCAGAAUCCGAGUGGACUCAGCAGACCCAGCGCCCUGCAGAGGCGCGUCUAGAAAUCGAAUCCUCAAGCCCCGUGCACUCAGGAGAAGAGAGCCAAACAGCUGACACAGCCACCUCCCCAACUGAUGCUUCUAUCCCAACCUCUGCAGGAGGGACAGAUGAUUCAGAGACAACCACAACAGACAUUGACGAGUGCCUCUCAAGCCCUUGUCUGAAUGGAGCCACCUGCGUGGACGCCAUCGACUCUUUCACAUGCUUAUGCCUUCCCAGCUACCAAGGGGACGUGUGUGAGAUUGACCAGAAGCUGUGCGAGGAGGGCUGGACUAAGUUCCAGGGCCACUGUUACCGCCACUUCCCCGACCGGGCAACCUGGGUGGACGCCGAGAGCCAGUGCCGGAAGCAGCAGUCACACCUCAGCAGCAUCGUCACCCCCGAGGAGCAGGAGUUUGUCAACAACAAUGCCCAGGACUACCAGUGGAUCGGCCUGAAUGACAAGACCAUCGAAGGGGACUUCCGCUGGUCAGAUGGACACUCCUUGCAAUUUGAGAACUGGCGCCCCAACCAGCCUGACAACUUCUUUGCCACUGGGGAGGACUGCGUGGUGAUGAUCUGGCAUGAGAAGGGCGAGUGGAACGAUGUCCCAUGCAAUUACCAGCUGCCCUUCACCUGUAAAAAGGGCACAGUGGCCUGCGGAGAGCCCCCCGUGGUGGAGCACGCCAGAAUCUUCGGACAGAAGAAGGACCGGUACGAGAUCAAUGCCCUGGUGCGGUACCAGUGCACCGAGGGCUUCAUCCAGCGCCACGUGCCCACCAUCCGGUGCCAGCCCAGCGGGCACUGGGAGGAGCCUCGGAUCACCUGCACAGACCCCGCCACCUACAAGCGCAAACUACAGAAGCGGAGCUCACGGCCCCUGAGGAGGAGCCGCCCCAGCACGGCCCACUGA